AAGACGGCUAGCCAAAGACAGCGGGAAGGUCUAUGGAGACGGUCUCGCCGAGGCUGGAGAAGCAGCGCCCGGACCACGGGAACUGGACAGGCCUCUCCACUGGCGAAGAGGGGUGGAGCCCCGAGCAGGGCCGCCUCUCUUCUUUCCCGGGGCCUGGGCGGAGAGGGAGGAAAACUUCCUGGCUGGGACUCUGGCGGUUUUUGCCUGCCAGCUCUCCGAUCCCGCCUACCAGUAUUGGCUCUUAUCGACCCCUCCCCCGGCGCCCCCAGAGUCCGCCAUGGCCAAAGCCUACGACCACCUCUUCAAAUUACUGCUGAUCGGGGACUCGGGAGUGGGCAAGACCUGUCUGAUUAUUCGCUUUGCAGAGGACAACUUCAACAGCACUUACAUCUCCACCAUCGGAAUUGAUUUCAAGAUCCGAACUGUGGAAAUUGAGGGGAAGAGGAUCAAACUGCAAGUCUGCCCCACCCCCAGUGCUGCAAAAGCUAAGCUCUUAGGAAAAGACUUUCCCUCCCGCUUGGAGCUUCUUGCUUCCAUUUCACUCUGUGAAAACUUCUGCUUCAGGGACACGGCUGGCCAAGAACGAUUCAAGACAAUAACUACAGCCUAUUACCGAGGCGCCAUGGGUAUUAUCCUAGUAUAUGACAUCACAGAUGAAAAAUCCUUCGAGAAUAUUCAGAACUGGAUGAAAAGCAUCAAAGAGAAUGCUUCUGCUGGCGUGGAGCGUCUUCUGCUGGGGAACAAGUGUGACAUGGAGGCCAAGAGGAAGGUGCAGAAAGAGCAGGCAGACAAGUUGGCUCGAGAGCAUGGAAUUCGAUUUUUUGAGACAAGUGCCAAAUCCAGUAUGAAUGUGGAUGAGGCUUUCAAUUCCCUGGCACGUGACAUCUUGCUCAAGUCGGGAGGCCGGAGAUCGGGAAACAACGGCAAGCCCUCCAGCACUGACCUGAAACCAUCUGACAAGAAAAACACCAACAAGUGCUCCCUGGGCUGAAGGACAGUCCUUGCCUCCUCCCCACAGUGCUCCCUGGGCUGAGGGACAGUCCUUGCCUCCUUGCACUGAACCUGGAGGCUAGACCUGAGAGAGGUGGGCUGUGGGGUUGGCUGCACAGGGGAGAAACCUGUGAGACCUAGAGGGGCAGAUGAACUGGUGAUCAGGAGAACGAGGAUGAAGAAAAGGAAGAAAGGGGCAGGGGAGAGGAGGGGAAAGGAAUCAAGGAUGGGAAAGGUGAAAAGGGUUUGAGAAGAGGAAAGGAAGAAUAAUGGUCUCAGGUCCUGGACUGUCCUUGGGUUCAAAGUCAAACAUUAAUGUAAAUAUGUUGAUUUCUCCAUUACUGGUUCAGGUUCAGGGCCCAGAGAGGCCGGCUCAGCACUGCUCUGGAGGUCACUCGCUCAUGCAUGGUCUUUGUUGGUAUUAAAGGCCACUGUUUUACACGGA